CCAAGUUUCACACCACGCCCUUCAAAUGUAGCUGGAGCAUAGGCUAGUGCUUUGGAUCUCCGAGUAUUGACCGGAAAUGGUAUCGUACCACACCUCACCGGUGCAAAGCGGCUCUGAAGGCGGAUAAAUGUGGGGAUGGAUUGGGCAAGAAGCCUGCUAGCACUGGUCACUAUAGCACAGUGGGGGUAGACAACUAUACGAAACCGACUGAUCUAGGACAGAUGCGCCGAGACACACGCGCGGCGAGCUUGGCUGGCUUGGCUCUGCUGGAUCAUAUAUAGGCUACAAGCCACUGCCCUUAGGCAUGAUCUCUGGACACGCAGCACAACUCAAAUUUUGACCAAGAUGCAAGCCUCACACACCGCAGACAUCGCCGUUAUCGGCGCUGGUAUCGUGGGUUCGGCCCUGGGAUACUUCCUAUCUUCCUCCGGAGACGUGGGCAAAAAGAUAAUGUUGAUUGAUCGUUCUUUUGCACCCUUGAAGGGUUCCACUGGCCAUGCACCUGGAUUUGUUGGCCAGUACAACGAAUCGGAGGUCUUGACCCGUCUGGCUCAGGAUACGGUCCAUGAGUACAGAAAGAUCCCUGGUGGAUUCGACGUGGUUGGGGGCCUCGAGCUCGCGACUAGCCCUGCAGGAGCGGAGCGUCUGAAACAGCGACAUGACUCCGCCAAAAGAGCUGGUCUCCAAGCUGAGCUAAUCUCGUCCGAACAAGCAACCAAAAUGGCUCCUGCCUUGAUCAAGGGAGAGUACAUUGCCGCGUUGCACUUCGCCGGCGAUGGUGCUGCGAACGCCAUCAGGAUCACCACCUUCUUCCAAGAUGAGGCACGGGCGAGGGGUGUGCAACUCCUUCAAGCGGAUGCCACGAAGGUUCAACAAGCCAACGGCCAGGUGGAGGGUGUGAUGACUACGGCUGGAUUUGUCCAGGCAAAGACGGUCAUCAUUGCGACUGGCAUCUGGGCCCCCGAGCUCUGCAGCUUCAAGACUCCCAUUCCUAUUGUCCCUGUCGCGCAUCCCUAUAUGUACGGCAGAUACCAUGAGUUGAGCGAACGCAAAGCCCCUUGGGUCAGAUGGCCUGAACACCACGUUUAUGCCCGUGAUCACGGUACCUUUUAUGGGCUAGGCUCCUACGACCACCCGCCACAUGCGCAGCAGCCGACCGAGACGGCCAUCGGAGACUGGAUUGAAGAUUUCAGCGCAACAUUGGAUACCGCUAUGAAGUUCAUCCCGGAGUCGACAAAUCUGGAGGUUAGGGAGAAGUUCAACGGUAUCUUCUCGAUGACGCCGGACAAUAUGCCACUGGUGGGAGCUGUUGCUGAGGUGGCUGGGCUGUACAUGGCUGCAGCUGUUUGGGUGACUCAUGCAGCUGGGUCGGCCAAAUUCUUGACUCGGCUGUUGAAGGGAGAGGCUGUUGAUGAUACCUUGAAGGAAGCUUUGGAUCCCAACAGAUUCCAGGGACGGGAGAUGAAGGAGUUGACACAGGAGUCUUUAAAUGGGUACAACCAUAUCUAUAAGACCGUUGCAAGCUCCGAAUGAGCCACGGAUUCUCGGUGUAUGAUAAUGAUUUCGGGGCAUAUCACCAACAAUGAUACUUUCUCCCAAUCGCAAAUAUCCGUACGUAUUCAGAGCUUCGCACGGUUGUCC